CUCAUGAGCCCCCGAACGGUUCGCAAGGCGAGAAAGCCUCUCUCUCUCUCCUGGUCGGCCAGUGACAUCACCAACUCGUCGAGAGGAGAGAGAGAGAAGGAGCACGAGCUCGUUGCCGAUUCGAGAAGAGAAGAGGAGUGAGAGAGGGAGAGCGAGCGAGGGAGGGAAGAAAGCGAGGGGAAGGAGCAGGAAGCCUGCGCCCGAGGCAUCGGGUCACGGAAUCCGACAAACCCUAGCCGCCGUUGAUCGCCGUCUCAGGCCAUGGCAGCGCCGGCGCCGGAUCGGGCGGCGCUGACGGUGGGGCCGGGCAUGGACAUGCCAAUCAUGCACGACAGUGACCGGUACGAGCUCGUGCGCGACAUCGGCUCCGGCAACUUCGGCGUCGCCCGCCUCAUGCGCGACCGCCGGACUAGUGAUCUCGUCGCCGUCAAGUACAUCGAGCGCGGCGAGAAGAUAGACGAAAAUGUCCAGCGCGAGAUAAUUAACCAUAGAUCAUUGAAGCACCCUAAUAUUAUUAGGUUUAAAGAGGUAAUUUUAACCCCAACACAUCUUGCUAUUGUCAUGGAAUAUGCCUCUGGCGGUGAGCUUUUUGAGAGAAUAUGUAAGAAUGUGCGAUUCAGUGAAGAUGAGGCUCGGUACUUCUUCCAGCAGCUUAUCUCAGGAGUAAGCUACUGCCAUUCAAUGCAAGUAUGUCACCGGGAUCUGAAGCUGGAGAACACACUGCUAGAUGGGAGUGAUGCACCUCGCUUGAAGAUAUGUGACUUUGGUUAUUCCAAGUCAUCUGUUCUUCAUUCGCAACCGAAGUCGACUGUUGGAACACCUGCUUAUAUCGCACCUGAAGUUCUACUGAAAAAAGAAUAUGAUGGCAAGAUUGCUGAUGUAUGGUCAUGUGGAGUGACCCUUUACGUUAUGGUUGUUGGUGCAUAUCCUUUCGAAGACCCAGAAGAGCCUAAGAACUUCCGGAAGACAAUUCAGCGUAUCUUGAAUGUUCAGUAUGCAAUUCCAGAUAACGUGAACAUAUCUCUAGAGUGCAGGCAUCUAAUUUCCAGGAUUUUUGUUGGUGACCCUGCCAUGCGGAUAACAAUACCUGAAAUACGGAAUCAUAGUUGGUUCCUGAAGAACCUUCCUGCUGAUCUGAUGGAUGAUGAUAGUAUGAGCAACCAAUACGAGGAGCCUGAUCAGCCAAUGCAGACUAUGGAUCAGAUCAUGCAGAUUUUGACAGAGGCUACCAUACCACCUGCUUGUUCUCACAGUAUAAAUAUCCUAGCUGAUGGACUAGACGUGGAUGAUGACAUGGAUGACCUUGAAUCCGACUCGGAUCUUGAUGUGGACAGCAGCGGUGAGAUUGUGUAUGCAAUGUGAGUCGCAUCUCAGAUAACCAUCUUACCAGUCUUCCAAAGAACCGAUCAGGCAUGGGAUGCCCUGUUGUUGUAUACUCUGGCAAAGAACUAGCAUCCUUUUGUGAAAAAACGCCCUGUAGUUUUCCCCGCAUCGCAAUCCUGUUGUGCAUUCUGUGGAACACAGAUGUUGUAACCAAACUGGGGUUACUUCCCUCGGAAAACUAGCCUCCUCUUGCUUCAUGUGUACUGAGGUUUGGAUACUCUCAAGCUUCGACUUGUGUGUUACUGUUAUAUAUGUACUAGUUUUACUCCUGUUGAUCUGUGAA